GGCUCACAUGUUGUCAGUCUCUUCUUCAAUGCCUGGCGAAAAACAUGCAUAUUGGCAGAUGUAAGAUUUCAUUGCGCCGAUAACAAUGUGUUUCAAAACGCGUUUCUUGACAGUCUUGACAAGUGCACAGCAUUUCCUUCACGGUGCUAAAUAAGAAUUUGAAAUCAACAUGGCAAUAAGAUCGCUAGCGUUUCCUUUUACAAUUUUGUUUCUGGUCAACAUUUUGUUUUUUCUCGCGGUCAUCUUUGAGAGUCCAGGAGAAGAAAAUAUCAGAGGACAGAUUCUGUUGACCGUGUCGUCGCGAGAGUUUGUGGGCGCGCAGUUGUUUGGCUCGGCGGUGGUCGAAGUGGGCCAGACCAACCAGUCCACUGUCAAUGACCUCGAGGAACUCUACAGUCACACUCUACAAUUUGGCAAACUGGAUGACACCGGCACCUACCUCAUCCUCUCGCACGUCAUCACUGCCCUCGACCAAAAAACGUUUGCCAACGAUGUAUUGUGCGUGGGGGUGCAGGCGUCGGUGGACCAACUACACAAACUUCCAGAGUUCGUAGCCACUUGGCCAGGCGCAAUUUCGCUCGCGGUGUUCGCGCCGGGCGUCGAAUUCUUCCUGGCCAUCGCUUACGUCCAUCACCUGCGCACCUGCUUUCCCCAAAUCAAGUCGCAGGUGACGUGGCACUUUGCUUUUCCCACGGAGGUGCGAGGAAACGCGAGCGACGCGUCGUUGGCGCGCGAGAUUUCCGCGGGCCGUUGCGACGAGUUGGGGCCAAAGGAGGUCCUCGAGCGACUUCUGCAGACACAGGGCACGGAAGAGGCGCAACAAGUGCUGAAGAACAAAAGGAGCAACCACGAGAUGCCCUACCCUCAGAACCUGAUGCGCAACGUGGCGCGCCAGCACUGCCUCAGCGAGUGGGUCGUCUGCCCUGACAUUGACAUGCUCUUCCCCAGGCCUAAUCCCCAGAUGGAGCCGUCGCUGGCCGCAGGUCUUUCCGAGUUCCUGCGUUCACCAGAAGCGACCGAUUGCGGCAAGUGCGCGUUCGUGCUGCCCCUGUACGAAUUGGAGCACCCAAAUCGGACACUGCCAGGGGAUAAGGACGAGUUGCUGGCGUUUGUGGCUCGUGGCUGGGCCCAGCAGUACCACAAAGAGGUGUUUGCCCAGAAUCAGGCCGCCUCGCAGCUGCAAAAGUGGCAGAAGCGGGCCGAGAAGCGACGCGUCAGAUUAGCCUACAAAGUUAGCUUUCAAAUGUGGUACGAGCCUAUCUAUGUAGCCAGACAAGGCAGUCCUAAGUUUGACGAGCGCUACGUUGGCUACGGCAUGACCAGAAACACCCAGGCGUACGAGAUGUCUUUGGCCGGCUACUCAUUCCACCUAUUGGAUUCGAUCUUCCUAAGCCACGUGUGGGGCCUGAAGAGGAAAACGGCGGUCGAAAGCAACACGGAACGCAAAAUCGAGACGCAGAUGAACACGCGCUUCUUCAGCUCGGUGCACGUGCGCGAGUUGGCCGCCCGGUAUGACAGCGACCGGCACAACAUCCUACGCUACCAGAAACGCUCCAACAAGAACUACAACAUUGUCAUGAACACGCGAGCACCUGAGAUCAAAAGUAUCAAGAGUUCCGGAAAAUAUACAAACGUUAUUUAAAACUCGAGUAAAUGGUUUGUAAAAAAAAAUAACGUAGGAGUGUUUUCAUUUACGUGCAACGCAGUGCGACUUGAAAUCAUUUUUAUAAUUUACCCGCAUGUGUCUGUGUUUUUAUUUUAAGAAGAGGCUGUAAUUAUUUCUAACUGAACAUAGCGAUUACCUUAGCAGGAAUGUAAUUUACAUGUUUAAUGAUGUACUUUGAUAGUUCGUUCGCCAAGUCUUAUCUUUCAAGGGAAGAGUUAAAUGUUUAUAGGGAAAAGUGUUGGGUAUAGUUCGAAAGGCGUAUGGUGUCACAUGUGAGUGCGAUUUUGAGAGAGAGAAUUUAUAUGUUUCCCGUGAAAGUUCUAUAAGGAAGAUUUUCCUUUAAAUGAUUUUAAUUUAUUAAUUAAUUGUUAUUUUAAAUUUUUGAAUAUUUAUUAUCCAAGUCUGGUAUGUUAAUAAAAAAUAUUUGUCUUUUAUUACAAUUUUA